GGACCUUAGACGUCCCUGGAGAAUCGGGAAAAGUGGAGGCAUGGGGGACUCUGAAUUUGGGAGUGAGAGUCUCCGGCUUUGCCGUCGUCAGCUCGACAUGGGUUUGAGUCCCUUUGUUGUCUGGCGUGGCUGAUUUCCCACCGGCUUUCAUUGGUCACCGGCGGCGGCCGCGAAUGGAUUGGGGAUGGGGAACAAAGUAUGAAGAAAAUUAGGUAUGUGUGGACGGAAGCUGGGUGGCGCCAGGCUUGAUGCAUGAUGGGCGUUCUGAUGCUAGUCUCCGGCGACGAAGAAGUCGAUUAAUAAAUGUCGGUGGAGGUCAACGAAAGUCGACGGUAAGUGGCAGGGGAAGAAUCGGAAAUGGGUGUUGGCUUCUACAAAGGUUACAAUAGUAGAGCAGCUCUAUUGGAAACCCAUAUGUUGGAUUCCAAAUCUGCUUUGUUUGAAGGACUUUCGUCGUAGAAACAAUCGGUAGCGGGAGGAAGGCAACCGACGACGAGAGAUUGAGUCUAUUAUUGAGCUUGAUUUCUUCACCAACGUCGAUGAUGGACUUUGGUCGUUGGGGGAGGAGGAGAGGAGAGGAGGAGGAAGGGCAAUAUUGUACUUUCCUAUCUAUCAUUAAAAAUUAAAAUGCUGACAAAUGAAAUGUUGAUCAACAAACAAACGGAAUAAUUAAACAAAAACCUGAUUAGAAAUCUCUGGAAUUUUAAAUCAGGAAAUUGGAUCCAAAUCUCUCCUUUAUACAUUUCUCAAUCCAAACGACCCCAAAGAAAGUUCAAAAGACCAAUUCUAUCAGAAGAUAAAACAUUUGGGGUUGAUUUGAACUUUUGCUUCUAGUUUUUGUUCUCUGGCCUUGGUACGGCUUUCGGUUCACUCACAAGUCACGAGUCACAACUCAAGAGGCCAAGUCUUGCGAGUGGCAACUGCAACUGCUACGCCAGAAAACACAAACACGGUCUUCGGAGCUUGAAGGGGCAGAGGCGAAGCUCUCCGGAUAGUCGAAAAUGGGUUACCUCCAGGAAGCUCGUGAGAAUCACGUAAAGAAGAAGGUAGAAGAAGCUUUGAUCAGCAAAAUGAAGCAGAGGGCACUCAAGGAAUGUGACAAUCUCGCUUCCAAGUAUGCACAAUGCGCUGCUGGUCGGACACUGUCGGUUGUGUGGCAGUGCAGAAAACAGGCUAAAGAGUUGAACGCUUGCCUCCAUCAGUACACAAAUGAUGCUAUGUUGGAAGAGAUGAAGAAAGAGUACAACAGGCAGCAGCAGCAAGAGGGAAAGGAGCCGUUACCACUAUAAAGCUUCUUAGCUACUAGUUGCAUAAUCUGCACCAGCUUCCUGCUGUAAUUAAGUAACUCUGCUUAAAAUUUGAGAUCUCUAGUUUUGGCUUAUCUUGUGUUUCGCAUUUUACCUUGGUCGUUGAUAUUCAUUAUCACGAACUUAGUUCCAUGGUUUGGGUAAAAGACGCAGAAAAACCAUAUGAGCUCCUUUGAGAAUAGAUGGUCUCUUGGUUUCGUUUGGAGACGAAUCGAGCUUUACCUUGUUCAUGUUCGGCUAAACGAGCUGAGUCGAGUCGAACACGAGCUAGCUCAUUUAUUAAAUCUUGACACAUCAUUAAGAUCGAAAGUUGGUCUCGAGCUCAACUCUAAGAUAAUUUAUAAUAUAAAUACCCUAAUAUAAAUUAAACACCAUA